GAGGUGGGAGGCGCGGCCGGCGGCCUGCGGGAGCUGGACGAGGUCGACCUGUCCAACUUGUCCCCGGAGGAGCGAUGGAGGGUCGAGCACGCACGGAUGCACGCCAAACACCGCGGCCACGAGGCCAUGCACGCCGAGAUGGUCCUCAUCCUCAUCGCCACGCUCGUGGUGGCCCAGCUGCUCCUGGUGCAGUGGAAGCAGCGGCACCCUCGCUCCUACAACUGAAGCUGCACUGGUGGAGGUUCCUGGUCAUCUGGGUCCUGUUCUCCGCCGUCACCGCCUUCGUCACCUACCGGGCCACCCGCAAGCCGCUCGUGCGGACCACCCCGAGGCUAGUGUACAAGUGGUUUCUGCUCAUCUAUAAGAUCAGUUACGCUACGGGGAUCGUCGGCUACAUGGCCGUCAUGUUUACCCUCUUCGGGCUUAAUUUGUUAUUCCGAAUCAAACCCGAGGACGCGAUGGACUUCGGCAUCUCCCUCCUGUUCUACGGGCUCUACUACGGCGUCCUGGAGCGGGACUUCGCCGAGAUGUGCGCGGAUUACAUGGCGUCCACCAUCGGGUUCUACAGCGCCUCGGGGAUGCCCACCAAGCACCUCUCGGACAGCGUCUGCGCCGUGUGCGGCCAGCGGAUCUUCGUGGACGUCAACGAGGAGGGCAUCAUCGAGAACACCUACAGGCUGUCCUGCAACCACGUCUUCCACGAGUUCUGCAUCCGUGGCUGGUGUAUCGUGGGGAAGAAGCAGACGUGUCCGUACUGCAAGGAGAAGGUGGAUCUGAAACGGAUGUUCAGUAACCCCUGGGAGCGGCCCCACGUCCUGUACGGGCAGCUGCUGGACUGGCUCCGUUACCUGGUGGCGUGGCAGCCCGUCAUCAUCGGCCUGGUCCAAGGCAUCAACUACGUCCUGGGCCUGGAGUGACGCCGCCGUGGGGAGGCCGAGGCCCGGACGGGGCCCCCCACCCCCCCGCGGACGCCGGCCCCCGCCGAGCUCCCCGUCGCCCG